AUGUCAGCAUCUCAUCCCAACAACAUGAAUGACGGCAUGAGUGAUGGAAACAACUCGUAUUCUUCAUCAAAAGAGCAACAAGACGAAUCGUUGAUGAUGACGACAGAAUCGAAUCCAAGUCUCGGUGGUCCCACAACUAGUGGCGAUUCCACCCUAAUCACGACAACCACCACUUCUGUGGCUCCUUCUCCACAACUCGACAGUACAACAACAACAAACAUCAAUGUUGACGAAAAUUCGUCGUCCAUAUCCUCUUUAAAUUCUUCCACUACUGAUGUCCAUAACAGCCAUCAAAAUAUUAUCAACAACAUUGACAACAAUAACAUCCACUCAAAUGAAACAUUAGCUACUACUUCGACUACUACUUCUGCAUCUUCUUCACCAAGAUUAUCCAUGACAGCAGCAGCAACGACAACAACAACACCAGUGAUUGGACAUUUACCCAAAAUAGAAAGUGGUGAUUCCACGAUCACCUCUGCCUUUGUCUGUGAGACGGUUCCUGUUCAUGAGGAGGAUAAUGCUGUGAUGAUUGGUUCAGCAGUUGCCGAGAAUCAUCGACGAGAGAAGAACCAUUCAUUGUUUACGACUAUUAUUAUUGAUUUGAAUACACCUGUAACUCCAACUGGAUCGAAUACUUUGCAACGAUUACCCUCACAGAAUAAGGAUCCUGGUCAUUUGACCCUCUCAAACACAACACCCACGACAGCAGCCAGUACCACAAGUGAUGAUAUUGUGUUUGGAUCGGUGGUAGUUACAUCGUCGUCUUUUACUACUUCUCAAUCAUCAUCGAAUAACAAUAAUGUUUAUAAUAACAAUAACGAUGUACCACCAUCAUCAUAUGAGACUGAGACUAGUGGUACCGUCGUUGUACUUCGAGAGGAGGACCAACAUCAUCAAGAACAACACUCUUCAACAUCAUCCAUCAACACGGCAACAAUGAAUACAACAUCCAUAACAACGAUGGCGAGUACGGAUGAGGAGAGAUCAGAAGAGUCAUCUUUGGGAGCCUCUACAACCACCACAGACUCCUCCACUCACCAACAAGAGGCAGGACAUUCCACUCAUCAUGAUCCCUACAACAACAGUAACAAUAACACUCAUGAAAAGACCCACGUUGCCUUCUCAGCAUAUGAUCCAAAUGAUCUUCUUCUUCAUAUGGAUGAUCAACAUUUACCUCUGUGGAUGAAAGUUGAGGAACGUUUAAAUGUUCACCCUGAGCCAAAACCUGUUUUCCAUCCUCUUCCUCCUGCCACACAUCCUGUUGUCAAUAUUCCUGAAUUGGAACACUCCAAAUAUCCACAUUUGCAAGAGUGCCAUCGUAUGAGCUUUGAACCUUUUACUGUUCUCGAGAGAGAGGAUUCCUUUGUGUACAGAGCCGUACAAUUUAAACCUCUUGGAGAUCAUCAUUCUGGUGGCACUCAUCAACAAGAGAGUGUCUCAAAUUUAUCUUCCAAUAAUUUAUUGAGUUUGACAUUGUCACAACCAAACACUUCAUCGCAAAAUCAAAAUACUGGAAAGAGUAUUGUUGAUUCUUUCUUUAAAGCCCUCUACACUUUGGAUACAAUGGCAACAAAUAGCCAACUAGGAAAGGAUCAAAUACAAGUCAGCAAUUCAACUCAUUCACAAGCUGUUUUGCAUGAUGAAACCACUGUUGGAAAUGUUGACUCUUCACACGAAGAUCUUUCGGAGGCUCAUCCUACAUUGUCACCACUGAAAGGCUCAUUGAGAAAUAUAAAGAAUGACGAAGGCCUUGACGGAAAGAGAAAAGGAAGUCUCUUUACUUUGAAAUUAAACAAGGUUCAUUCGACCGUGCCAUCCUCAGGACAACUUGAUUCACACAGAGGAACAGCACCAAAAAUUGGUGAUGGUAAAAUGCUGUUGGAUGGAUAUGAUUUCCUUGAGAUGGCUGUCACAGGUAAUCAAGAAAAUCAAAGCGACACUACCAACAGUGAUGCAAAUAACCAAAAUCAAACUCCAUCUUCAGGUACACCUUCUUCAAAUCAACAAACAACACUUGAUUCUUAUCAGGUACAAGAAGAGGUCGAUCCAGAAGAGCAAUAUUUGAAAAAGUUAAGCUUGGUUGAAUUUGCAAAACAUUGCAGCGCCAAGAGACGUGUGAAGCAAUUUGAUUUCAUUUCUGCAGAUUCUACAUUCGAAAAGCCCCCACUCAUUAAGAAAAGAUCACUUCUGUUGGGAUCACCAACAAGUGAAGAACAACCAUCUGUGUUCAAUCCAGAAACGGGAGCGCUUCAAAUUAAUGACAAUGAAGUUUUACCGUCAUCCACUGCAAGACUUAUGAGCUGUCUGAAGCCUAAUUUCAAAUACAGACCGUUAGAAACAUCAAUGUGUUUCCGUCAACCUCAGAAUCAAGCUGGGUUGACAUAUCCAAUGAAAAAGAGAACACAAAUGGUGAUAUCAUUUUAUUCAUCACCAAAAUUUGAACGCCCCACUAAUGAAAUUAAUUAUUACUCUAUUGCUCUUUAUGAUUUAGAGAGAGGAGCAAAAGUUAGUGAGGAUUUCCAUUUCCACUUUGUAGCACCUGAACAAUUAGAAACUCUUUCCCCUUGGGUACAGAAUUACCUCCAAACAAUCACUCCAAUUUCUUCACCAACGGCUCAAGAAAAAGUACUUACACCAAGAGGAGGUGAGAGCUCAACCCCAACAGUCACUGUUGAACAGAAAUGUCUUUUCAGUGUCACCUACCCAAAUGAUCAAAUUUAUCUCGUUAUUCAAGUUUAUAGACUCCCAACAUCAGGUGUCAAGGAUGCACUAAAGUUGUACAAGAAAGAUUCAAAGCACAGUGAAAUUAAUGAUUUGGAGAAACAAUAUGUUGAAUUGAAGCAACAAGUAGCUCAUUUCAGACAAGCAAUCAUGUUUGGUUACAUGCCUCUGUUUAGCAAACGAGGAAAUGUGAUUCAUUUAAUGUCGACCAAGUUCGAAGUGAAACCCAUGUACUCCAUUGAAGGUUAUGAUUAUAAGAACAAUUUCGACGUGAUAUCAGUCAUUAAAACCAUUCAAAAAGAAAAGAAGCUAAAGAACAUAACUCAAGUAGACGGAGGAUUCUUAUUUAGAGCAGAAAUUUAUAGACCUCUCUCAAACAGCACGAAGAAAUAUUUUCACAAAACUCGUUCAAGUGAGCACAGUAUUCUCAACAACGUGCACCAAAUUGUUGGAUCUGGCUCAAACCAAUCAUACAUUUCUAGCCCCCAAAGUACAGAAAAUCAAUUGGAUGAUGGAACGUCGAACGUCCACAUCACUUUCAAUGGAGGCUUUGGAUCUUCUCUUUCCAACUCAACUCCUUCACCUUUGUCUCCUUCGAAUUCACUUCUUAAGGAACGUCUGUUGAAUGAAAUUGGAAGGGGAGAACUUAUUCCUAAUAGCCCUGCAAAGAGUGAACCUGAAAGAGAUGAUGAAUCACUUCCAGACUCUGACUACAUUCGAAUUCAAGAGCUGCCUGUUCAACUCACAAAGUAUCCAAAUUUAGAGAUACUCAAUCACCUAUUUUUCUAUCCAAUUGUGGCUCAAUUUGAGAAAUCAACUGGUGCUAAGAAUAUUUUCUGUGAAAUUUUAUACCGAGAGUCAGAUAAUGAAGUUGUCAAUGAAACCACUGGUUCUGUUAAUGCAGAACCAAGAAUCAUGACUAGAUUCAGCAGACAGGGAGCCAAAUUUGAUUUCUCUUGCGUCUCGUAUGAUGAAGAAAAACAACCACACUUUUAUGACGAAUUCAAGAUUGAUCUCCCUUGCGAGCCAAAGAGAGAUCAGCACGUACUUCUUGUAUUCUAUCACUUGGAUAUUGACAAUAAGAAGUCGAAAAAGCUUUCCUAUGUGAGUGGAGCGAACGACAUCAGAAAGGAAGAUUUCGGAACUUCUCAUAGAGCGAUCAUUGGCUACUCGUUCAUGGAACUCAACGAACCAAAGAAGUUUGAAAACGACAGUUAUUCAUUGUUUGCCCAAUUCCGAAAACAUGUAUUCCCAGAUGAAAUUCCAAUCUAUAAGGAACUUCCUGCAAACUAUAUGAAGGAUUCUGAAGAGAAACUUAAAAACCUAAAAAUCGGUAAAUUGAGAUUGAGAGCUCAACUCGUAUCAUCGGUCGACCCAGCGGAUGAUAUUCUCAAUUUGUUCUUCUCCACCAUGCAUGAUUUGAAUAACGUUCCUGAUUAUCAAAAGCCUCAGGUACUCACCUUCUUGUGUGAUUAUGUGUUCCCACAAUUCAACAAGAUUGAUUUCAAGAUAUUCAUGCCACAUUUGCCUGUGGUUCUCAAUUUACUGUUUGGUCUGUUGGGACGUGUUUCAACCAUGCUUCAAUCCAGUGCUGCCACAUAUGUGAUUGAAAAAGUUGAGAUUGCAUCAUUUGAACAAAUUUUGGUUUGCUUACGUGGUUGCUACCAUUAUCUGAGUGAGUCCAAUAAUGAGACUGAAUCCCACUCAAGACUGAACGUGUUCUUCACAAGUUAUAUCAAGUAUAUUUUGACAGAACCUCGCGGUGCUAAAUAUCCAUUAUUCAGCGUUUUGUUGCGUCUCAUGGCAGAAUAUCUCGAAGUACCUGAAUCUGAUAAGAUGGCUCCAGCUAAAGGAUCUGAUUAUCUUCUCGAUUUGACCAACCUUGUUAAGAAAUCUCGUCAAAAGAAAGACACAGAAGAUGUCAAGCAACAACUUGAACAAAAGAGAAAUCAAUUAUCUGAACAUGAUCCAAUUCGAUUCUCAUGGUUUAUUUUUGAUGCGAUUAUCAAGUCCAUGACCAUAUUCUUCCAUGAGAAACAAAAACAUCAAGAUCAACAACCAAAGAAGAAGCGAAAUUCUUCACAUGACGAGCAUGAAGUAGAUUAUCCAAUUUCGGAUAGACACAUUUUGAAUCGAUUACGUCAACUUGUCGACAACAUGGUCGUUCGUAUUUACAAGCUCUUACUGGCCAGUGGUCACGGAAGACAAAAUAUUGGUAUUGGAGGUAACAGAAACUUGGCUCUCUUCUUGAGAGAUAUCAUUCCAUUCAUACCAAACAAGCUUCACUAUGUUGAGCAUUUAAUCGAACGUUAUUUCUCAAGCUUAGAUGGCAUUGAUGAAAGAAAGUUAAGACUCAAAGUAGAAUUUGUUGCAAUUUUGACCGACUAUGAUUACUACAUACCUUUAAAUCUUCAUCUAUUGCGUUUGUAUUACAAGGCUCAGUCUGAAUCAGCAAAUCAGACGGAUCAGUUAAUGGAAGAACUUAAUGCAACUCCUGUGACGGAUCACAAAAUGGUCACUCUUUCAUCCCUUUUGAUUGACUUAUUCUUUGAUGUUGUAAAGAGUGGUAAUGACAAACUCCUCAUCAAAAUGUCCAAGAUUAUUUUAGACCAUUUCUGUAAACUUGAUUAUGACAGUAGAUACCAAGAAGAUUCGAGACGUGCCACUGUAGCAGAAUUGUAUCUCGAAUUCGUCGAUCGAUUCCUUGAAAACGAUGAAAACUUGACAAGAUUUAGAAAUGACGAGAUUUAUGUUGUGGUUUCGUCAUGCAUAUUAUGGAUUUUGAGAGGUCUUUCAAAGGACAAACAUGUGUGUUGGUGGAAGACUAGACCAUUCUAUGUCAUGCUUAACCUUAUUACAUUCUUGGAACAAGUAACUGUGAGCUUCAACAACUUGGAUUUCUCUGGUAAAAUGGGUGACGAUGCCGUUCUUCGUUGUGAAGUGGGCUGCAUUGUCAGCUAUUUGGUUUCCUCACUUCUCACGAAUCGAGCAUUGUUCGACGAGAUUGUACACGAACUACGUACCCAAGAUGAAAACAUUCAAAUGUUAGAGAAUAUUCAAAUUACUGACAUUCUUCUUCAACGUCAACAACAAAUUGCGGAUCUUUUUGAGGCUAAAAAUGUCAAAGGACAACCCCAUACUGUGGCUCUUUUGUUCAGACGAGUUUCUCACUUGAUUAUGAACUUGGUGUUACAACUUACUUUGAAAUCUGAUUCUCAAUUAUGUCAUCUUGUUUUUAGGCAAUGUAUUUUGCCACUUGUAAGAGAUUUGAAUGACCAAUUAAUUGUCAAAGAGCUUUACGAUGAUUCCAUUCCAAAGAAGGAACGAGUGCCCCCUGUACAGAAGAAGCACGUCGAACAAAAAUGGCGUUGGUUACUAGGUUCCGUGAUUAUUCACUGGAGUUUCAAUCCAAAAUAUGCAGAUCAAGUGCACGAUGUGGUACGAGCUUCUUUGGAACUCUUGUUGAGACCUUACGAAAAGAUGCUCCAAGAAAAGCAUGCAUCCGAAAAUCUACAACCUCCAGAAGAAGAUGGAGAUGUCAUUUUGGAUGAAGAUGGUACCAUCCGUGCAGCUACAUUUAACAAGCUUGUCGAAAGAAUGCUUGAAAUUAAUAUCGCUAAUGGUGACACUGAAGAGCACGGUAAAUUCAAACACAUCUUCCAAAUCACAUAUGGCUCAUUCACCACACCUCACCAACUUUUGAAGAUUUUGUCAACUCUCUAUCAAACACCCAAUCCUAAUCAGAACAUUAUUCGUAUCCGUGUUGAGCAAUUCCUUUGUGACUGGAUUCGUGACAGUUUCCAUGAAUUCGACAAUCUUGUCAUUGCUGAAUUGAUCAGAUUCCUCAUUGACAAUGACAGAGAGCUCAAGAGCAACACCAAAAAGAAGAUUCGUCGAUAUGCAAUCAAGAACUUAUUGAACUUUAAACAAGAAACAAUCAAGCAAAAAGGUGUUCAAGAUUGUAUUCCUCAACUUCCAAAGGGAGUUUUAUUCGAAGAGCUUGAAACUCCAAUCGUUGACAUCAAAGAAUGGAGAAUCAAAAAGUCACAAAGAAAGAAUUACAAGAAUCCAUUCGACCGUUCAUUCGAUUUACUUCAAUGGCCAGCUGUAGAAAUUGCAAGACAAUUGACUUUAAUUGAUGCCAAACUAUUCAUGAAAAUUGAAGCCAAAGAGUUCUUCGACAAUGCAUGGGCUGAUAAGGAGUACAAGUAUGAACUUGCUCCAACACUUUGCGCCAUUACUGAUCGUACAAACAAUGUUUCAUACUGGGUAAGAGGCCGUAUACUUGCGGAAGUCAAUCCUGACAAUAGAAAGAAGGUCUAUAAGAAAUUCUUGGAUAUUAUGAGAGAAUUGUUGCAAAUGAAUAAUUUUACAUCAAUCAUGGCCAUUUCAUCUGGUCUCAACUCUGCCCCAAUUUCAAGAUUGAAAGCUGCAAAAGAAGGUAUUAGCAAGGAUGAUUUGCAACUCAUUGAAGAAUGCAACAAUCUCUUUACCAAUAAUUUUUCUCAAAUGAGAAAACGAUUAGAGUCGUUGAGUAUUGAUCGAUCGCCUUGUAUUCCAUUCACUGGUGUAUUUUUAACAGACGUGACAUUUACUAAGGAUGGUAAUCAAGACUUGCUUGAUCAUGUUUCCAAUCCUGAUAAGAAAUUAAUCAACUUUAAGAAGAGACGUACUUAUUACAAGACCAUCCGAACUGUUCAAGAUUUAAAGACAACUCUUCACUAUCCAUUCAAACUUAUUCCAUAUUUGGAAUACAUUCUCAAGGAAGAUAUUUUCCACAACCUUAACUGUGAUGAUAAGGAAUUGUGGAACUUGUCCAUGAAAGUUGAACCAAGAAAGAACUAA